CGCCCGAUUCUUGGCCUAUUCCCCUUUAGGGGAGCGAGCCAUAAUAGAGGUUCAUCUCAUCAUCUUGAUCAAGUCAGCCAGCUCUCGGUGCCGCUGCGUUUCUCCUGCCAAGCCCGUUUAUGACGAUUGUUGCUUAUUCCCAACAGCGAUCCUCAGUGAUGUCUCUUACGACAUUUGCCGUGCGAAGUGAGCAUCUCUUAAGAUUAACGUGCUGCUCACCUCGAGGUCGCGCAUUCCAUCCACGUCGGGGCGACAGCGAUUCGAUGGGGUGAAAUUAACGCAAGAACCUUCUCGUACUCGCAUGGGUGCACAGUGAAGAACUGCAGUAGGCCAAAAUUAAGACGAAUUCUCUAACCGCUCAUGGCUGAUGUUAUCAUCAUCCAUAGCUACUGGUCCAGCGGUAGUAGUAAUCGUUUAUAUUCUUAAAAGCCGGCAGAUCCCAUGCCCUGAGGGAAUCCAUGUCAUGCGAAGGAGUGUUCAGGGAGCCUACAAAGUUAGCGAAAUGACCAUGAAGACGCGAAGACGUAGGCGGCUGUUUCGUGACCUAAAUGACAAACAUGUCAUGAUAUUGAUGUCAUGACCGGUCAUUUGUGUUCCUCAUAGACUCUUGUCAUACUAUGCUAAUUUGGAAACCUACCAAGUUAUCGAGACGACCAUCGGAGCAGCAAGACGCAGGCGUCACUUUCAUGACCUACGUGACACACAUGUCAUGACAUUCAUGUGAUGACCUUUCAUUUACAUUCCUCAUACACUCUUGUCGACUAUGCCAAUUUUGACACAUACCAAGACGUGGGUGGCUGUUUCAUGACCUACAUGACCUGCAUUUCAUGACAUUCAUGUGAUGACCGAUCAUUUAUGUUCGUCAUACAUUCUUGUCAUACUGUGCCAAAUGCGGUACAUAUCAAGUUUAGGAAGCGACCAUGAAAGCGCCAAGACGUAGGCGGCUGUUUCAUGACCUAAAUGACACACAUUUCACACAUUUCAUAGCACAAGAUGUAAUUUUGUGUUAGCUUUACAAGAAGGUACCGUGUUUUAUCGACUGUUGGGCCUUUUCGCGGCGAUGCCAUCGGCGCCACCAUCAUUGAUCACGGGGUGACGCAUGCAUAUUUUGCCUUAGCUGCCUCGAUUGCAUCCGUGUUUACAAUGGAUGUGCAUGAUGCCGGUACGGCACAGCAGACAUCUGUUACUGUGCACAUCUUAGACGGCGACAGCGUUGACGACACGAAACUUUUGCGGGCAGAGCUUCGGAUGACAUGCAAGCGCCUCGGGAGCCCCUUACGCCACGUCAAAACGGCGCAAAUAGCGUAUAAAGUGCUUGUACUAAACCCGGGGCUAGAAAUAUGUUCCAAGCUGUCUGAUCUUCGCCCUUAUGAAUUAAAUCAGGAUUAGUGUCUAUAUCUCUUCGUUCUUAAUUUGCCAAUCAUAUUGAGGCAAUGAUUUCUCAUGUUUGGGACUCAGUUGCAUUUCUCGGUGCGCUCACUGUCUGAUUGUUUAUUUUCUACUAAUCGCCGGCGGAUGUGCUCAGUUGCGGUAGAUCAGUUCUUGCCGCACACAAGGCGUGGGAAGUACACGUUCAGUAUUUCGUAAUAGCUUGUAGUGAAGACGUAUUAUCGCUAAUUACUUGUUUAGAUUGUGGGAUAUUCGCGUGCAUUAUAUGUAGUCUACGUCACCCCUGCUUCGGCGCAUUGAUUCAAAUGUGCGCUAUUCACUUAUUCUUGAUACUUUGGCAAUAAAUUAAGCUUAACUUUGAAUAGGAGUUUGGGUGCACGUGUGUAGAUAACGUGCGAGAAACUUACUACACGAGGAGGCGGCGCAAGCUCCUUUGUCACCAUGACACGAGAGACAUGCUAACAAUUGCUGACGUUCCGAGGAUGAAGUCUUUUGUUUGGAGGUUAGCGACGACACGCUGGUAAAUGAGUCAAUUUUUUGUCCGUGCUUCGUGAAGAGCCUACAACAAAGGCAGUACCUCUGUAGGAAUGGUCCAAGAAUUUGGCCACCCAGACUAAUUCCAUUCGUGAAUAUGCCAGACACUAUUUUUUGCGCCCAACCUUUGCACACGUCUUCCCUACACCGUCCCCCGAGUUGCAGCGUGAAUCAGACACAUUGCGUUAUUGAAAACCCAGUUACGUUUCCGACAGCUGAUCGCUCAGCAUCUGGGCAGAUGCGGUAAUGACUUCGUAUUCGUGCGCCUUCGCUGAGGCAACGUCCGGAGCGCCACCGAAAGCGCCAUCUCGUUUCUCUUGAGCAAACUGCUCGGGGAAAAGGUUCUACAUUACGUGGACUACAAAUGCUUAAAAGAUGAAAUUUCGCACGAUGUGCACUCUCUAUGGGUCCUGGCUAUGCAAGAUCUUCUUUAAAUAUGUAUAUUGGAGGUGCUGUCGAAGAAAUCGAGGCCAGUACGCGUCUGUCAAAUUUUCCCUCGCAAAUUCACAGAAAAGGCAGAACGCCUCCGAGAAUUCAAGGUUGAUGUGUCGUGGUUAGCCCCCAGGUUCUUCAUGAAAAUAAAUCGCCUGAUUGCGUCGAAAACUUUUGUACUCGACUGGGAAAACACGUGUUGAAUGCGUGGCGUCGUAGACGAUGCCGCGAACGUCGCUGACUCGAAUCUUACACACCUCGUCCCUGGUGGCUCUCGGGACGUUGAUAUACGCCAGAUGGCGCGGAAGCAGCAACCGGUGUUCGCGAUCCAGCUUGUUCAUGAUGUCUAGCUUCCGGUUGGCGUUCAAUCUGCGCUUCGGUCACGUGUUCACGGCUGUUCUCUGUGCCACGUAUCGACGUUCCCGCGUCGGCUUGCGAAAUAAGUCGAUGUACUACGUCGAUUUUCUUACUCUCCUCCGUGUAAUGACAAAAUAUUCCACUCAGUCGUGCAAGCUGUUCUGCAGGAGUGUGCACUCGUCUGUUGAAGUUAUGAGCUCGCAGAAGGGUUCACACACGAUGUCUUAAUACAUAGAAAAAGAAAAGGAAGCGUAGGCUUAUGUGACUUUGCAUGAUCACAGCUCAAACUAUAGCGAAGCUGACCGUGAGACCGCGCGCACGCCACAUCCGCAACCGCGGUAAACAUGGCGCCGCUUCGGCUCUCGUCAUUCAUAGUGGACAGCCAAAACUAGCAGAAUUUUGUUAUUUCCCAACACAGCCUGUAUUACGAAGCACAAUGUUCACUUUGUCCGCACCAUACAUCGCCCGUGACAUGUCCAAAAACACACGUAUAUCCCAUUGCGUUAGCUCCAGCGGCUCUCUUGCACGACUUUGUCAUCAUUUUGAACUGUCACAAUUAUUUCAAAUAUUUGGUGUAAAUUUUCAGGAAAGCGCUUUACAGCGUGUCAUAUCCCGGUCCCAGCUUCGCUGCAAAAGUUCUUUUUCUAACCGGCAAAAAUACUGUCACUAAUUCGUGAGCAGCGCGAAGCUACGAUGCAAACCCCGUUCGACACUGCUUAGCAGUUGAAGAAGGAUUACUCCUUUUUCAGGAAUUUAUAAAGUGAAGGUUUCUUUGUAAUCCCUCCCUGGAAUUUCCUCAUCAUGGCUUCUGGGCGCUGCUGCUGUCUUGCUCAAAAAGUCACACUAAAAAGAAAGUUUAAUUACGUGCCCGAUGCUAAGAAUGAACUUCGGCCCUCCAGCACAGCAACCCGAUCUUCUAAGCGUUAAGCUACAAUGGUACUUAUACAUACUUCCAUAGGACCAACGUCAACUAGCUUUGUAUGUGAGUGCCUUGUAUUUCCCAUUGCGUAGUAUGCGCAUGCGAGCCCGGCAGUUUCCUUUGCGUCAAGGAUCCAAGAAUAAGAUACGCAAAUUAAUAGCGUUUAAUCAAACGCCUCACGAAGGCUUCGCUUCACAAAGAUUGCGAGAUUUUCCAGAAGCCAGCAUUCGUUUCCCUGCCAGAUUCAUAGUCUUCUCGGGUGGAUGACAAGAUCUGGUAACGAUGACGACGAUGACGAUAAUUAUCAUAAUGAUGACAAUGAUGGUAGGUUUGCUGGUGGUGAUGAUGAUGAUCGCUAACAACAUCUCCUAUAGGUCAGAGUGGCGACGAAUAUAGUCACCCGUCAUAUGUGAGGUGUCGGUUUUCUCGCAAUCUAGCAUUCUGCCUACCUCUGCAUUAUCUCGUAAAGUUAUCUGUGCCAGGGACGAUUCCUUUCAUGUAAUCAAGUGACGAGCAGAGGACGGAGCGCGGAUUGUCAAAUCUUUAGGGGCUCUCGCCCUUCCUUUUCGGUGAUCUAAUUCUGCGACUUCCACAUUUCAGCAAGGUACUACUGAGAUAGAGUACAGUAGAUUAAAGAGUUUUUGUGGAGAGAGGGAAGAUAAAGGCGAGUACCGAUGGGAGAGGUAGGCAAUAUCCUAGAAUGCACUAUUUGAAGUAAAACCUCAUUGGCUCAGGCGGGCUAGGUAAUCCCUCUGUCGCCGUCCCCUUUCCAAGGAGGAACCAAUAGAAAUCAUCAUCAUGGUUGCUAGCUGCAGUCGAAGGUUUCACCGAGCCGGCGCCCGUUUCUUACCAGAAAACCUAAUUCUGCUAAUUUUCUUGUAGUGUGAACACACGUUUAUUUAAACUUCAUCACUUCUUAUCACAACAAGGCAUCUGUGUAAUUAAAAUCUGAUUCUUUAUUAUUCUUAUUAUUCACCUUGUUUUUCCGUGCAAUUAAUGGUUUAACCCCACAGCCUUCUCUCGAGGCGCGCGCAAUUGAACGUGCCAAAGGCAGAAGAAGAAACGACCCGAGUUUUGGCGUCAAGGAACAAGCUCUCGGUUCCGUUCUGUUUCUCCUCCCUCGAUGCAAGACCUGCGGUUUCUCCGCUGUAUUCUCUACUUCUGCACCGCGUGCAACAUUUUUUGGGUCGUUGUAAUCAUCGAUUCUCGCAGUGGCGGACUCAAGAAGGAAGGAAUCAUCUUCCACAAUAUCUAUGGCGUCGGAUGUGCCCUCAACCUAGUCAGCGACGUAACCAUGCUCUAUGCGUUGAGAAACCCGAGUCAGGCAAAGCAGAUGUUUGAACUGUUCCUCAUCUGGAACACCUUGUCUACCUGCGGCUGCUACGUCACAGACCUGUUCUUCAGUUACUUCUUGAGCAAGAACAUAAAACUUGAAAAAGACCAGUUGCGAGACAUGGACGAAAAAUCGGUUCGAACCCGUAUUUUCUUCGUCGUCGUAGUAAUCUACACUGCGAUCUUUCUUGUAAAGGUCUGUAUUCUGCACGCUUUCUACCAGGUCUACCAGAACUACAAUCGCAUCGUGGCCAACGAGGAAGAACAGAACCUCGCUCCGCAGCCCGGAAUAUUCACCAAUGCGCCGCCGGUCGCAUACCGGUUCGAACCCGGAAGCCAAUCCGGGGUUCCGGUCAUGCCUACCGGGCCAGCGUUGCUCGCGGCUCCCGCGUCUUGUGAAUACCCAAAAAUGACUCCGGGCCCGGCGGGCUUUCCCAGUACCAGGCCUGCUCGGUCAGGGAUGCCGCAAUCAUCAGGACAGCCGUACCGUGUAGCUGUUCAGCAACCUCACCUGCCAGAACAGCAGCAACCAGAUCCUUCCACGCAGCCCCAGUUUUUUUCUUCCAGUGGAAUAGUGCACGUGCCUUGCUGCUCCGCAACCCAGCCCCAAAUGACGGUGGACCAACCAGCGAUGGGCCAGGGUGCGAAUGCCGAAGCGACAGCGACGGAAGCCGAGGACACCGAAUGUCCUCCGCGUAAAACGGGAACGCCGGAAGCGCCGUCAUCUGAUCCAUGCACUCCUAACCAAGCGAAUUCAAAACAAGAAGCGCAAGCCGAGACAAAGCCGGCCACAGCGGCGCCUUCUGAUGAUAAGGUACCCGAUGCUGCGGGCUCGCGGCCGUCUCCGUCUGCACAAGCAGCGCGGACUCUAUCAACGACCAAUGGAAAUACACGGACUCAAAACAUUGCAAAGGCUGCAUCCGCCGGUUCCGUGCAUGUCCCGGGUGCCGCGUCUCAAGAGACGCUGCCGGGUGAUAAACCUCGCCGAACUUCUUCAAUGCGAAGGAUGGCGGCCCGAUCAGUGCCGAAAUUCUUAACAGCGAAGCACGGCGGCCGGAUCUGCGCCGAAAUCUGACCACUGGCGGCCAGAUUUUGCAGAUGCCUAGCGACCAUCGGGCCGAGCUGCCGAACGUAAACAACGGCUCAAUGCCAUGAAGCGACAUCUCCGACGGCGAGAGAACUGAAAUAACGCAAUCACAUGUAGUUUUUCUGUCUUCUUUUUCUUCUUGUUAUACCAUGCAGAAAAGCUGCCUGUGGCAGAAAGCAUAAUCGUAGUGUUUAUCUGAAAUCUAUUCGAAGCUGCGGACAUUACUCACAUGAGAAAUCGAAAUGUCAAAUCGGCUAAUCGCCAAAUAUCCCUAAUUAAUGUUUCAUCUAAUUAAUUUAUGGCACAUAUAGCGAUUUACGAAUUGUAGCCGGUUUGAUUGCAAAGCAGAUCCACCUGGAACGCCUUCAAAAGAUUGCACGUGUUUCUAGAUAUUCGUCCCAGACAGAUUGCGAUUCCUGUAUCAGCUGCGUGCUGGAAUCUUAAUUUAUAUCCGUCUUUCCGUUUGCGCCAUCCGGACAAUAUAUCACUGUGAAAUAAUCAUCCUUAUGCAAUUUUAACCUACGCUUACAAGAGUUGAUGUAUUCAAGUUUUCUCCUUUCUUUUGCCACGUACGAUUUCUUGUGGAACAAGCUCAAUUAUGACGUGUUGAAAUUGAUGUGUUGCAAAUAAAAUUUGAAA